UUCUGAGUCAUGACAAUCGGUACACGACGGGCCAAACUUCUGGAACUCCUACUGCCUUCAACCUGCUGACCUGCUCCGGCGUUCGGCCUCCUCGCACCAAACCCACCUCGCCGGCGUCCACCGCCUCGCCGGCGCCGCAGCCACCUCCCGGCUCUCACCUCGGCCCCCCUCAUCCCACAGCGUCCCCUCACAACGGAGCGACGGCACCUCGAAUUUCCUGCUUCUUUUCCAGUCCUCGCCGUCCUCCUGCUCUGCCCCCCUCCCUGGUACUGGAGCUGAAGCUGCAGAUCCACGGGGACCUGGCGACCGGUUCCUCCUUCCGCUGAAUUUGCGACCUUAGCCUCUGCCCCCGGCGGCGGGGAGGUCCUGUGGAGAGCUCUGGUGCUCCAUCCAACACAGCGGAGGCUGCAAGUCUCCCAUAACGGAGGAAAGUUGAGUUCUUGGAAGUCGGGGGCCGGUCCCGGGCCGCGAUGGCGUCGAGCGGCGGCGCGUCGGCGGCUGCGAAGAACGAGGCCUACGUGCGGGCCGACAAGAUCGACCUGGAGAGCCUGGACCUCCAGCUGGAGAAGCAGCUGGCCAAGACCUGGGAGAAGCACAAGGGCAAGUCCAUCCAGGGGCCCCGGGAGGACUGGGAGAUCGACCUCGCCAAGCUCGAGAUUCGGUACGUCAUCGCGCAGGGCACCUACGGCACGGUGUAUCGCGGCACGUACGAUGGGCAGGAUGUCGCAGUAAAACUGUUGGAUUGGGGUGAAGAUGGCUUUGCAACGGAAGCUGAAACUGCUAAACUGCGAGCAUCAUUUAAACAGGAGGUUGCUGUCUGGCAUGAGCUCAACCAUCCAAAUGUCACAAAGUUCAUUGGUGCAUCAAUGGGUACUACAGACCUUAAGAUUCCAGCCAAUAGUUCUAGCAGUGGUGUGCGCACUGAGCUGCCGCCAAGAGCAUGUUGUGUUGUGGUAGAAUAUCUUGCUGGUGGAACACUAAAACAAUAUCUAAUAAAGAACAGGCGAAGGAAGCUUGCAUAUAAGGUUGUGGUUCAGAUAGCAUUGGAUCUGGCCAGAGGAUUGAGCUAUCUGCACUCAAGAAAGAUUGUUCAUCGGGAUGUUAAAACUGAAAAUAUGCUACUUGAUAUGCAACGGAACCUUAAAAUUGCUGAUUUUGGUGUUGCUCGUGUUGAGGCUCAGAAUCCAAAGGAUAUGACAGGUGCAACCGGCACACUUGGCUACAUGGCCCCAGAGGUCCUUGAAGGCAAGCCAUACGAUAGGAAAUGUGAUGUCUACAGUUUUGGCAUAUGCUUAUGGGAAAUAUACUGCUGUGACAUGCCAUAUCCAGACCUCAGUUUUGCAGACGUCUCAUCUGCUGUUGUCCAUCAGAAUCUGCGCCCGGACAUCCCCCGCUGCUGCCCAAGCGCGAUGGCGAACAUCAUGCGCAAGUGCUGGGACGCGAACCCGGAUAAGCGGCCGGACAUGGACGAGGUGGUGCGGCUCCUGGAGGCCCUCGACACGAGCAAGGGCGGUGGCAUGAUACCGGAAGGCCAGGCGGGCGGGUGCUUGUGCUUCUUCAGAGCCCGCGGUCCUUAGAAACAAACUCCUGCAGCCUUCCUCCCCUCCUGGCCUCCUUGUCGAUACUAUACAAUGUUGGAGCCAAAUGUGGGCGUCUGUUAAUUUUGUCAUUUGAUACCAAAUGGCCCCUUGGCUGUGCUGAUUGGAGAUAGCUUGACAAUCUUUGUUAUGGUUGACGCUCGUUUAAUAGUGAUGUGAAUACCAGUGAGAAGUCCAUAAUACAGAGAGUUUUUGGACUAAUUC